CGCUGAUAGGAAGUGCAAGAGGCUGCAUGCCCUCCAGGUUUAAGAUAGGUUGAGGAAACAUGAGCAGUGAGAAAAGCACUUGCAAAUUGUUUUAUGACUGAAGGGAAAUGUGGAAGUUUUGCGCUGAGCUAGGCAUGCAACAGGCAGGUGCAGGAGCUUUUGCCCUAGCCAUAUGGGGUUGCUUGUGCAUCCAGCCCAAUGUUUCCGACUCUGCAGCUAUUUGUGCCCUGGCGAUGCCACGCAUGGCUUCGCUUGUCGCAGUGCCCCUUAUGUGGCAAAGGCGGCGUGUUGGGAUUUGGGUUCUAGUGCUGUGGGCAUUCUUUGCAACGCCAACCUGCUGGUCAAGCUUUCUGCCCGAAGUUCGGGAACCAAUGGCUUCCAAGGGCGUGGCAGUAUUCAUUGGGGUUGGAAUUGUGCUUCUGUGGGAAGCCUUCUGCACAGUCUUCUCAAAUGAUCGCCCUACGAUUCUGGCAGAACUUCGGAACUUCUUUCUGUGUCGUCAGCGAAAACUCACACAGGCAGAGAAGCGAGGAGCUGUUGCAUCAAUCCUCUAUCACAAGAUGGACGAGUUCACCAUGCUUCGUCCCGCGACACACUUUUGGUGCCCUCGCACUUUCUCCCGUGAAUUUGACGAUUCUGAGAGUGCCACUCUGUGGGACGUGGAGGAAUCUUCUGCGGGGCCAAUGGGUUUUGUGCCCAAGUUAGAUGGUUCAGUGAUAUUCUUUGCACACCAUACACUUACAGUCCAUCCUGGUAUGAACGUGGCUGAGAUCGUCCUCAUCCGUGUGGGCAACCUUUCCAGUGAAGCAAGCGCUGACUUGGCGACAGUGGAUGGAACGGCCUAUGCUGGUCACAGCUACGCUUCAGCGAAGCAAACGGUGGUUUUUGCGCCCAAUGUGGCGACAGCGACUUUCCAAGUGGAGCUGCUGCCGGUUCGAGGUUCAGGCAUUUCUCAUCGCUUCUUUGUGGCCCACGUGGAGGCGAUUCACGGGAAGGCCACCAUGGGCAGCUCUUCUUUCGUGCGAAUCCGGCUGCUGCCAGAGGGGCUUUGGCCGCCGGGAGUGCGGCAAGAAGACGUGCGUGUGGAAGACGCCCUCAAGAAGGGCCCACGCCGCCGCCGCCGCUUGGAGCGACUGCGAUUAGUGUGGCGCUUCGGCAUGCUGCUGUUGGCACGCCGCGGAGCAAAGCUUUGGUACGUUCUGGCUUCCAUCGUGUGGCUGGACUUCCACCGUGUGGUGUUGAACAGCCUCCUGUUGAACUAUGCCUUGUUCGACUUUUGCCUGACUGAGGGCAAGACCGAUUUCACCGCGGCCUGCCGACGCCUGCCGCUCAUUGUGCUGGCCAAGCUGCUGUUGGUGUGCCUGGACCGUUUUGCUUGCCACGUGAAAGAUACAGAGACCGGGAGCCUCUCCUCUACUUGCUUUCUGCAAGAAUUGCUGAUUCAUCAGUAUCUUCAGUCGACGGAUGAUGCCAUCGAGCUGGGCAAGUUCCUUCACAUGCUUUCGGAGACUGUGCCGGAGAGCAUCCAACAUGGGUACAAACCAUGGUUCGACCUGGUCCAUUGUUUUGUAACAAUACUUCUGUCAGUGUUUAUGGCCUUCAUGGUUCCCAUGCUGAAGGGGGAAGGGCCAUCACUUGAUUCCCUUCAGCCUCUCAUUUGGAUUCUUGUUCCCUUGCACUGGACCUUUGCAGUGGGGUUUUGGAUGCGGCAGCCAUCCUUCGACUAUUUUGCCAUACGCGCGCGGGAUGCCGAUAUUGAAAAGAACGGUGCUAUGAUUGACCUCCUUUACUGCAGACAGUGGUUGCGGGCGUAUGAUAGUGCCUACCCUGUGCAGCACGUGAGAAGGGCUUUUGACGAAGCAUGCUCAUACUUUUGCCAGCACAGGUCAGACUUGCUAGCUUACAAGUCUGACACGCAAUGGGUUGCAAGAUACUUUGGCGAGCUGACCAAGGUUUUCGGCAUACUGUUUGGAGGCUAUGCUGCCUUGCAGCACAUUCACUACGGUGAAGGGCAGAUGACUCUUGGUCGAUUCACAGUGUUUCUGAGCUUAUACAGCAUCAUCAUCGACGUGAUUUAUAUGUUCAUAGACUCAUGGGAUGGACUUCUCUAUGCUGGAGUCGUGAUUGAGGAGUUGUGCCAAUUUGCGAACACCUCCAAUAGGCUUUUGUCACUGUCCCAGCCGGUGGAUUUGAUGAAGCAUCCCGUAAUAACAGGGAACUUUGUGAUGAAGCUCUCUUCGGUCGAUUUCUAUUUGGAGGGCGCGGUCUCCACCCCAUCCCCAUCUUCCAAGACGUUUACACUGGGCGUGCCAUUGGGCCAUUGUUAUGGCCUUCGCACUUACAGCGAUGCCUCAUCCCUGCGCCGACGCCUUUGCGAAGUCCUUGGAGGGAUGCGUUCUUCCAGCAUCGUCAGCGAACUGGGCUGUGCGAAGGCCUUGCUUCUCAAGGCUCCUGUGAGCCUCGCCACUGGAACGGUGUUGGAAAACUUACUCUCGAAUGCUGCUGCUUGGGUGCGCGCGAGCGAUGUGGUAGCUUUGCUGGCAGUGCUUGGGAUCCCCAUUCCUGCACCUGCGGGGGUCAAAGUAAAGCAUCCUUCCAAUCCUGGUGAUUUGCUUCAUUCCUUGCUCCGCGCGUCAAAAUGGAAGCAAUCCCUUCAAGCCUCGGCCAGGCACUUGGAUUUGCAUGUGGAGCGCUUCAGAGAACGCUGCUUCACCUCUGACUUCUCAGUUCUUUCACCCAUCAGUUCAGCAGAGGAACUGCUGCAGCCAGCUGAAAAGCAUUUGUUUGAUUUGGCCAGGGGCUUGCUGGCGGACCCAGAAAUUCUUAUUGUUCAUGACAUGCUUAAUGUGAUGCCCCUUCCCUUGGCGGAGAACGCGCUUGAGGUCUUACUGCUCUGGCAAAAUCUGGGCGGGUUCAAAGGACUUGUGAUGGCCUUUGAAGGAGGGUUCCGUUCAGUCGACGGGUACCCUGCUUGGAUCACUGCGGGUGGCAUCUCCAGGAGCCUUUUCAUCUCCGAGUCGACCAUCGUUUGCGCGGGGCUUCGGAUGACGAGUUACAUAGCCUCCUGGCUCGUCAUCCAGCCGGGAGGCGUCUUGGAACUGGAAAGCGCCGAGGAGGUCGCUGAAGUGCCCAUCGGCCAUGGAGACCGUGUUGGCGGCUUGAGCUUAGCAGGCUUGGCACGAAUGAAGGGCCUUGCGAGGCCGAAGAGCUGGUCAGGGGAUCAGGGCUAGAUGUGGC